GGGACUGGUUCGUGUUUCUGCCAGCACGGUAAUCAACUUAAGUCACUUACUAAUGCCACACUGCCAGGUACAGAGAACUACUCGGCAAACGUGCUUUUACGUGAUCGCGAAUUUAUUGUAUUUUUUGUGUUUUGAAAGAGACAAUAAUUUCUAUUGUUAAAUGUGGUGUUAGUGAACGUUAUGGAAGCUAAUUUGAAGACAUACAAGCUAAAAAAGUGCUCAAGAAGCGGUGAAUACCAUGCGAACGCGUCGGCCCUGCUAUAGGUAUAAUAAGAUUAGAUAAUAAAUAGUUAAUAUAUUCCCUAAAAUGGUUAGAAGUAGAACUCCCUCGCAAGGGGGAGGAUCCCAAAGUUAUGAAAUGGAACGAAAAUAUUCAGUACCUUCUAAUCCCGAUACAAGGACUCUAUCUGGAACAGCUAGCGAGGAUUUGCAUGCUUGGUCCAUAUACAGACAAAAUCUUAAUUCCGAUUUCACGGACAGCGCUUUAGGAUCGACAGAUAAAAGCCCGCUUCCUUAUGGAAACUUUCAGUUAAGGGAUACAACAGUUCAAUCGAUAUUAUCUCAUCCCCGAUAUGGACCUAAAUCUGCAUUGGGGUCAAACAUGUACACUUAUUUAAAGUUCGGAUUACCGCGAGUGUUGCCACCAAACCACAACGGUUCCAACAAAUCUGGGACUCCACAACAUUUUAAAAGGGGGUCGUCUUCACGACCACAAUCGAGGAUACCAAAAUCGGCAUUAAGAAGCACCCGUGAAGGAAGUUCUGGUUACGAUAGUUCAGACAACGAAACGACAAAUCAUUACAAACAAAGUCGAAAAUACAGAUCGGAUCCAGAUUUCCGGAUGCAACAUGUACAUCCUUCCUAUUACGAUCCAGGGGAUACUCCUGCACCAUUAGCUGCCUUGCAUCAAGGUGGAAUUAGAACUUUAAGUAACUGGAACAGAAAUAAAAGUAUAUCGGAAGCUAAUCUUUUAGCAACCGAAUACAAGAAACCGAUAAAUAAUUAUCCAGGUAAUUCUCGAGGUUUUGAUCCAAGGAGAAAUAGUGUCGCUGGAUUUAUUCAUCACCAGGAUGUAGUGGAUCACAGCGGGUUCAGCCAAAUUGGCAUAUCAAAAGCCGAAAGCCAUUUAUCUGCAGCAACGUCAAGGCGAGUACCAUCGGUCCUAAAAGGAGAUUACCUCACUCACGAUCCUGAAGAUGGUCCUACGUUUCUUUAUCCUCAUUUACAGGUGAUAGGGUUGGGAGCUUGGCCUAAUUCUGGAUCGGGCUGUUUUGGGAACAGAAGUCACCUUUUACUGAGCAACGUGUCGUUCGAAGCCCAUGGUGGUGAAGUUCUUGCGGUGAUGGCUACCUCAGAAGCGGAAGGAACUGGACUGUUAGAUAUUAUUGCGGGUCUCAAAAAGCAAGCUUUCGGAAGUAUAUUUUUGAAUGGUCAAACCGUAUCACCUCGGCAACUGUUAUCACGCGUUGCUUACGUACAAAAUGAUGCUCAAUUAUGUAAAGAUAUGACAACCGUACAAACCCUCCGGUUCCAUUACGAUCUUAGGAAACCAACGGAAAAAUUGCAGCAUAUAAAAGUUGGAGCAAUCGACAGGAUUAACAUUCUUAUCGAAGAUUUGGGAUUGGAACAGGUCAGAAACACAAAGGUGUGCAACUUAACAACAUCAGAAAGACGAAGACUGAAUGUUGCCUGUCAUUUAUUGAUGGAUACAGAUAUUGUGUUGCUAAAUCAACCGACUAGAGGAAUGGACAUCUUUGAUACGUUCUUCCUGGUUGAGUAUCUUCGACAAUGGGCUAGUGGAGGAGCAGGAAAUUCCAUAGGGCGAAUCGUCAUAAUCACUUUACAUCCUCCCACCUACGAAAUCUUCACGAUGUUAUCAAGGAUUCUUCUUCUUUCUGCUGGUCGCGUGAUGUACAGUGGAAAGCGGAAAAAUAUGCUGCAGUACUUUGCCAUGGUAGAUUAUCCAUGUCCAUCGUUCAAAAAUCCAUCCGAUUAUUACUUGGAUUUGGUAACAUUGGAUGAUUUAUCAGCUGAGGCAAUGUUAGAGUCGUCUCAAAGAAUAGAACAACUGGCCGAAAUAUUUCAACAGAAACAUGAAAAUUUCGGAGAUCCUGGACCACCUUCAGCGUUACCUAUGACCGUUAAACAAUCCAACUUUUUCCAACAGGCAUUCGUAUUGUUUACGAAAGCAAUGUUUUAUACGCAGCCGAACACUUUUAUUUAUUGGAUAAUGUUAAUAAUAACAUCUGCUAGUCUGUCCCUUAUAACAGGUGCAAUAUUUUGGGACGUACCGAAUUCCGACUCACAGUUAAUUUUAAACGAUAGACUGGGAUAUCAUUAUACGAUGAUGUCCGUUACUAUUUGGCCGAUUCUUCUGAUGUUAACGUUAAUGGAAAUGCGAAAAAAUAAAAACACAAUCGAAAGGGACAUUAAAGACGGCCUUUACGGGAAGUUUACGUACGCGUUCGUCAAGAUUAUUCUUAACUUAUUUCCUUCGCUUUUUGUGUGGUUGAUAUACAUUGUGCCAAGUUAUUCGAUGAGUGGACUGUACAUGCAAGGAACUAAUAAUUAUAAUGGAUUUUAUAUGUACUUAGGUUACAUGCUACUGUACCUGAGUUGUGUACAAAUACUUUUAACGGCAUUUUAUUACUUGAUACCAUUUUCAAAUGCGGCAACGUUAGUAUCAAGUUUUGUGAUUACGUCGUUAUUUUUAUCGUGCGGUUAUACGAUACACGUUAGAGAUAUUCCGUUCUAUUUUCAAUGGAUUCAGUACAUAAGCCCUUCUACGUGGCUUAUGCCGUACAUAAUAAGGAAAGAAUUGACCCCCGAAGCGAUAUCAAGUAGUAUGUCCACUCAACUUUGUAGAAACAAACAGGUUCAACGUCAAGAUAUAAUAGUUCAGUUACCUUGUCCACCACCCAAUGGGACACAAGUUCUUUUUAAUUAUGGUUAUUUACCGAACGACAAACUGUUGUAUAACUAUGGAGGAUACGAAGUAGUUGCCAUGGUUGUAUUUUACGCAGCCUUAUUUUUAGCUGCGUGUUUUGCAUUCGUAAUUGGUUGUAGGAGAAAAAAAUCUGGGCAUAGAUUUGCCUCAAAUAAACCAUAAAAGAAUUUCA